AUGUUUGCCAUGGAUUUGCAAACGCAACUAAGCAGUGAGCCAACUAUAAAAGAUGUUGAUAUUCAACAACAGUUUUAUAGAACAUCUCCUGCUGAAGUUCGUUUGUCAAUUGUUAAGCAAGUGACUAAUCAAUUGGAGUUUUACAUUUAUUCCAAUGUUUCUAUUACCCAUAUUUGGUUGAAUAUUGAAGACUUUUUCAGUCAAAAAAGCAAGUUCCCAAGAGAAUAUCGUGAAGCUGCCUAUGCAUUAUUAAAAAAAUAUGUAUCAACUCAACUAAAUUUGAGUGUUGUUGAAAGAUUCAUUUUCUUUAAGACCAUUGAAGGUGACAGCAAUGAUAAUACCGAAAUUGGUGCUAGAUUACAAGCACUCUCUGUCCUAACGGACUCUGGUCACAAUAUUACUGGUAUCGAAAAUAACGUGUGCCCUUUAUUGGCAACAUGGUUACAGGCUUGUCAUGAUCAACUUAACAUGAGUAACGUGAAAAGCAAGCCGUCUUGUCAAAAGAAAUAUUUGAAGUUAUCACACAGUAUAUUUUGUUACGCAGCAAACCUGAUAAAGUUUCAGUUUUCCACGAUUAAAGACGAAUAUGCGCAACUGUUAGUUGACGUUAUUAUACAUAUCUGCAACACUACUACUACACAGGAAGUUAUCUUGGAUGGUUUAAAAAUUUUAGAUGCUACAAUUCGGUAUUGUUUUGUUCCUAAGGCAUGCAUUCCAGACCUUGUAGUCUUGUUAUGCAGUACGUAUGUCGGCAGUUUAUCAUAUACAAAGCAAAGUAAAAUUGCAUCGGAAAAUUUACUGCGAAGCCAUUUUUUCAAUGUUGCUUUGGAUACUCUCUUUCGAAUUUUGCGAGACCAUGACACCUCAGCCAUCUCAAUUAGAGGAGCUGUUUGCAUUGUUCGUUAUACCUCUCUCCACGAAAGUCGUUUUGAUUUUGCUGUAAUCAAUGCUAAUUCCGCGAUCAGCAUCCUUCUCACCUCUUUAAAUUUCGACGAAUUUACUGACUUAGAGAUUGUUGGUACUGUUUAUGCUUUUCUAAAAAAUGAAGCUAUUACAAAGGCCUUCGACCAUUACGCUUGGAAUGGAAUAUUCGAAAUUCUAAUAGCUUGUACUCGUUACUUGCCAUUUUCGUCAACGGGUACGAAAGAAAAACUGAAGUCUUAUAGUACCACAGCGUCGUUACUUCAUCUUUAUGAAUUAAUUUUGGAAUCUGUCGAGCUUAUAUUUUCCCCUACUAUGCUAUUACAGUUAAAUGUGCCACUUUUUAACUUUUAUUCCGCUAUUUAUCCGGUGCUUAAGACGACCCAAAUAUCUCAUAUCCUUUCUUUGUAUACUACUCAACAUGUUGGCCAUCCUCUUAAUAGCCACUGGAUUGAAAAUUUAAUAUUCUUGCGAGAUCACAUCCUUUAUAAUAGCCAGAAUGAUGAAUUGUCACUUCAGGCUAUGCAAAUUAUUGUUGACAUAUGCUCUUACCUUGAUGAAAACAGUGUAAUCGACUUUAAAGAAACAGUAUUCAGGGAAAUACUCGAACAUCUUGUUUCUGAAGAACGCAAUAACAUUGCAAGCUUAAUAGUCAACGUCUAUUAUUAUCUAUAUGUCAAAUUUAAGGUAUUUCACUUCGAGGACCUUGUUAAUUUCUCAAAAACCAUGAUUAAUGGAGCUUCCACCGAGCACGUUGCGCUGAUUGGUACGAGCCUUCUUAUGAAAUUGUUUUACUACAAUUAUGACCAUCAAAAUAUUGAUAGUCUCAAAAUUGUGUUUGAAGAGAUAAUGGUUAUAGCUCAGUCUCAGAACUUACUAUGUUCUUGUCGACUUCUCUGUUUUCGACUUCUUUGCAGGAUAAGGGCAGAUGUCGCGGGUGUUAUUUAUAUAAAUGAUUCAAGCCAGGCAAAAAAUGAAAGUCAUUCCGGAGAAGAAAAGGAAGAAGAUAACCUACCCAAUUUGUGCUAUAUCUCUUCGUCCGUGAUAGAUGGAACCAAGCCUCGUAUACACAGAUGGGGGAGACCCAAAUUAAAAAGACUCGUGUCUAUAGAGUCCAAGGACGAAGAUGUAGCACUUUUUCCUUCCUCUUGGUUACUACAGAUUUACAAAAACAUCAUUCUUCACGAGAUUGACUGGAGAGUAUUCGAAUACCUCACUUUAAAUCUCUCUGAACAGCUGAUAAAUCGUUCUCUUUUUGAAAAUUCCUGUUAUCAGAAAUGGAGCCUUGCUUGUAAGGUUUGUAUUCACGCCUUGCGUAUAUCUUGUUAUGAGUUCCCUACAUCAAUUAGUAAACUGCUUUCUGCUAUUCUGAUGCACUUAUCACGGUUAAUUACAAAUUCUGUAUUGAGUGUUCAUAUCCUAGAGUUUCUUUGCAGCCUGGCGCAGUUGGAUAAGCUUGUAAGCAACUUUACAGAUGCUGACUAUCGACAAGUUUUCGGUGUCGCACUGAAGUAUAUACAGCACUUCAGUUCCUCAAAGAAUGAUGCAAAUGCACACGAUACCAUGAAGAAGUCACAUUCUGCGUAUGUACUAGCAUUGGCAUACAAUGUACUUCAAAUUUGGUUUCUCGUUCUCCGUUUGAAUGAGAGAAAGAAGUACGUUCCAUUUAUUAUUCGAGGAUUAAAGCUCGCCUCCGAAAACACUACAAUUGAUGACUUAAGUCUUGUUCAGUACGAUAUGAUGCAGCAGUUUUGUUACUCAAAUACUUCCAUUCAUAACUACGCUUCAACCCCUACCGAUGAUAAAACGGAAAGCAAAACCUGGGUCAGAGGAAACACAUUACUAACUAUACGGUCUAUUUGUGGCUCUGGCAUAAUGGAUAUUAUCGUUCGUCGACCAACAGGCACGAUGCAAUAUACUUUAUACAACAAAACCAAUUCUCGUCAAGAUAUGCUGCGUUCACAAAUGUACAGCUCACAAACUAGCCUUCCUGAUGAUUUUUCCUUCUGUUAUCCAAGCGCUGUGUUGGCAUACUUUACUAACUCAAACGGCAUCUCUGCAACGUCACGUCCUUUGGCCCUCGCGAAUGACGAUGCCGUUCGACGAGCUAUUUCUGUUUUUGAUCGUAUUCCCGUUAUUGAAUCUCAUAAAGCCGGCCUCGUUUAUGUUGGUUAUGAACAAACGAAUGAAGCAGACAUUCUUUCAAAUAACAGAACAUCUAAAAACUUUGAUUUGUUUCUCCAAAAACUAGGCAAUGUUUGUGAGUUAAAGUCUAAAAAUGGAAUAUUUGCUGGAGGAUUGGAUCGUGAAAACGAUAUUGAUGGAAAGUUUGCAUACUACUGGCGCAACAGAAUUGUACAGUUAAUUUAUCACUGUACUACCUUAAUGCCAACCAAUCUAGAACGCGAUCCGCAAUGUACUUUGAAGAAACGUCACAUCGGAAAUGACUUUGUUAGCAUAAUAUUUAACGAGUCAGGGGUCGACUAUGAUUUCAACACAAUACCUGGACAGUUCAAUUUUGUUAAUAUCGUUAUAUCUCCGGUAUCUAAACCAAGCGGUGCAAGCAGCGCUAAUUCAGAAUUUUAUAAAGUGCAGGUGUUAACUCGUCAAGAAGGCUCAGACUUCAGUCCGUUUAUUGUUCCAAAGGUUAUAUCUGCAGAUGCUCUUCCAUUGAUUGUUAGAGAUACUACACUGAACGCGGCCAUAUUUUCACACAUCUACCAUGAAGGUGCUGGGGAAUAUGUGCAUAUAUGGGUUGAGCGUCUGCGACAAAUUCAACGUUUGCAUAAGAGAGCAAGAGAAUCACUACAGCAAACAUUGGGCAAAAGUACAUCACCAGAAACAACUGCCGCCUUAGAAUACUCAUUAGAAGAUAUUAUGGUUGACUUUACCACCUUCCUCUGA